AUGGCAAGCACACUCCCAGCCCUGGCCAUUCCAGGCCAACGUCUGGGCCCAGUGACCUCCUACUCCGCCGGUCCAGGCACACACGUACAACAAUCCAAUGUCUACGCCUCCAUCGCCGGCCCAGUCGUCGUCGAACCAGCGCAACCCGGCUCCAAAGGCAAAGCUACCCUAAGCGUUUCUCGCUCGAUCAGGGCUCCUGGAACAGGCAAUGCCUCCAAACCCGUAACCACAGCACCCGGCGCCAAACCAGCGGCAACUUCCGCUACCCCCAAGCCCAAAGUGAAAUAUAACACCCUCCCCGCAGUCGAUUCGGUGGUGCUGGCGCGCGUGACGAGGGUCCAGAAACGUCAGGCUACGGUGUCUAUCCUCGUUGUGUUGGAUGAAUCGGGCAGCACCCAGGGUGUCAACCCCUCACAGACAACGUCCGAUAACGACAACAUCGAGGCGAUUCUCUCCUCCGCCGCCAAUCCCGAGAACCAUAGCAGUUCCGACGAGCUCCGCUUCCAGGCUCUUAUUCGGAAGGAAGAUGUGCGUGCUGUUGAGAAAGACCGCGUCGUUAUGGACGAGAUGUUCCGCGUUGGUGAUAUUGUCCGUGGAACCGUUAUCUCCCUCGGUGAUCAGAGUUUCUACUAUUUGACUACUGCGCGCAACGAUCUGGGCGUUGUUAUGGCUCGUAGCGAGGCAGGCAAUAUGAUGUUCCCCGUUAGUUGGAAGGAAAUGAGGGAUUCUGUCACCGGUCAGGCGGAGAUGAGGAAGGUAGCGAGACCGUUUUGA